AUGGUGUUACUGAGGACAGAGAUAAUAGCAGAUAGAAUCAGUGAGUUUCACGAUUCAAUUCUUUGUCACAUUCUUUCUUUUCUUCCAACCAAACAUGCUGCAACCACAAGCAUCCUCUCUAAGAGAUGGAAAUCAUUAUGGCUUUCGGUCCUCACUCUCGAAUUCGACUGCAAAUCCUUCCAAGACAUGACCUGCCAUGGAUAUUCUUUACACCAGUUGAUGCUCUUACGAAAAAUUGAACUUCCAAUCCUUUCGUUUCGUUUCAAUUGCAACUACUGGUGUCCAAUUCAAACCCAACGUGAUGUUACUCUAUUUGUUUCCUAUGUAAUGAAUCGAGGAAUAGAGAAUCUUAACAUUCACAAUGACAUGAAAUUACCAUCUAGUAUUCUUAGUUGCAAGACCCUUAAGGUUCUUAAGUUGAAAGGAAUAAUAGUGAAUGGUUUUUCUCAUCAAGUGGAUUUUCCUGUUCUUAAAAUUCUUCAUUUAAAGAGAAUGAGUUUCGAACGGCAUGAAUUGCUUGUUAAACUUCUGUCUGGUUGUAAAAUACUUGAGGAGCUGCAAACCAAAUUUUUGUAUAUACUUAAUGAUUCAUUUGUUCCAGAGAAAGAGUUUGACGGCUUGUUACCUAGUUUAAUCAAAGCAAGAAUUUCUUUUAACGAUUAUAUCAUUCCUGUUAAUUUGGUUCGUAACGUGGAGAAUCUAUAUAUGGAACAGGAACAAUUGAAAUGUUGUACUAAACUUCCAAUGUUUCAUAAUCUGACACAUGUGAAACUUAAACUUUUCUUUAAUAUGUGGGGUUGGUUGCAACAAAUGCUUGAACAAUGCCACAAACUUCAAAGUUUAAUCGUAAAGGGUUGUGAAUAUCAAGACGAGGUAAAUGACCAAAGUUGGAAGGAUCCACCAACUGUUCCAAACUGUCUUUCAUUGCACCUGAGAACAUGUUGUCUUGCAUAUUGUAGAGGCACCUGA